AUGGCUGAAAAGUCCUUUGGGUGGCUCUCUGAAGCGGUGAAAUGGCCCUCUCUCCUAUUGUUUGCCGUCUUCGAUGUUGCUCUCUUCGUCGCAAUUAUUAUUCUCACUGUAAAAUCAUCCAAUGAGCAGGGUUUCGUUACAAUCCCAUCACCUAAAGUCACGGCCACCAGGUCACAGCCUCUGCCUUGGAGAGACCCUGUCCACUUCAAUGUCUCUUUUGAUAUUGGAAUUCUUUGGACGACACUACCUAAUCUUGUUUUUGCCCUCUUCGCUGCUCAUUGGGCCUGGAUAGCGUGUGCUAUAGCAGAACGCCAACCGUACGUUGAAUUACGCGCAAGAGGAGGCGCCGAAGCAAGCAAGUCGAUUUUGCUAGAUUACCGCGUCACUCCAGUGGUUUUGCGCUGGCGAACAGCUUUUCGGAAAUCUCACAACGCAAUUGGAGCAAUGACACUGCUAUCUGUCAUGUUAACAUACAUCACCGCACCCUUCGCUGCUCGUCUAUUCACAACCCAAGUCGUUUUCGUACCAAAGGCAAUACCGAUCAUAUACGACACCGAGUUUAAGGACAGCAAGUUGAACGCGAAUAUUGACUGGAGGCCGGUUUUGAAUGUUGUUGCUGCUACUCUACUAUACCAAGGAAAAAACAUUGCUUGGACGAACGACCAAUACGCGUUUCGGCCAUUUUCCAACAAGUCAAUCAUACCAGCAUCAGCAGACGUUGAAGCAAAAUCUACUGGGUUUGCUUCAUAUGUCAAUUGCGAAUUAAUAGAGAACUACAACAUCUCAUUGAAUAAGAUAUCCAACUCAGAAGCGGGCAAUGUUGUGGUAUUCGGAGAUGACAGAGGUUGCAGUUUUACGCAGAAGUUCCCAGUCAGUAGUACACAGAAAACAUAUCUGAAGAGCACCUCAGUCAUUGACUGUUCUGCCCAAGCGUACUACAGCCGCAUGGUAUUCACAGCUGGAAUAUACUCUGCGUCGUCCUCAAAUCUGCUCGAUGAUAUCAGUGUUAUAUCUUGUGCAACCGGAUAUCGACAAGUCGACGGUGAUCUGAAGGUUUCGUCACUCAACAUAUCUCCAAGCGUCCACUCAUUUGCCGAAACAGGCCAGCCAGAUAUUAGUCGACCAUAUUACUGGAGGACCUUCGAGCAAGGAAUCGUUGGGCCAGUCACCUUCAAUCCUCAAGCCUCAUCGUCCACGUCAGACAUGGCUAGCUUAAUCUUGUCUUAUGCCCAGAAACUACAGCCUUCGAAACCACUGAGUGCAGAGGCAUUGAUGCAAUCAGUAUCAACUGUCUACAGUGCCACCUACAUCAAUGGCGUCGGAUUUCAUGGCUUCAGUCCAGUUUCGAAGCCUCAAAUAACUACUGGUUCAGCUUUUAUCCCCACAACGCGUCUGUUUGUCGUUCAAUGGGUGGCAUAUGUCGUUUUAAUAUUUCUCCUCGUUGCAUUCGUUUUUGCAGUUUGGGCAUCCAUUUACGUUUACAAACGACCCAGUAUACUGACUGAAGAACCGCAAGGUCUUUUAUCGGAGGCUGCGAUUCUACACAAGAGUGACAUUCUUCGUGUUGUUUCAAGCAUACGUAGUGAGCCAGGUUUCAAUGGCGAGGUUCGUCAAACAGGGAAGAAUUACGCUGAGGUAAAGAAUAAGAAGUGGAUGGCUACAAAGGACGAUAAAUCCAACCAGUGGGUUAUAUCGUCGUUUUAA